AGCAACUGUGAUCUAUAAAACUUUCGCGACAUCGCCGGUUCUCCUUAUAGUUCAGUUCGUGUUUGGAGCCUUAACUUCUCCUUCGUUGCGAACAACUCAAUUCCACGCCCUUUAAAACUUCUUUUAGUAGCAAGUUUUUGAAAUCUUACAGGAAUCAUGCGAGAGUGCAUCAGUGUUCACAUUGGACAGGCCGGAGUCCAGAUCGGUAACGCCUGCUGGGAAUUGUACUGUUUGGAACAUGGAAUCCAACCUGACGGAAACAUGCCCAGCGACAAGGCUGUGGGAACCGGAGACGAUUCCUUCAACACUUUCUUCAGCGAGACUGGAGCCGGCAAACACGUCCCAAGGGCCGUUUUCGUAGAUCUGGAACCAACAGUAGUUGAUGAAGUACGAACUGGAGGUUACCGUCAAUUGUACCAUCCAGAACAGCUCAUUUCCGGCAAGGAAGACGCAGCUAACAACUAUGCUCGUGGUCAUUACACUAUUGGAAAAGAAAUCGUUGACUUGGUGCUUGACAGGAUCCGUAAACUCGCUGACCAAUGCACAGGGCUUCAAGGUUUCCUCAUCUUCCACAGUUUCGGAGGUGGAACCGGCUCUGGAUUUACAUCUUUGUUGAUGGAAAGAUUGUCUGUAGAUUACGGCAAAAAAUCCAAGCUUGAAUUCUCUAUUUAUCCUGCACCUCAGGUAUCCACAGCUGUUGUUGAGCCCUACAAUUCUAUCCUAACCACCCACACCACUCUUGAACAUUCCGACUGCGCCUUUAUGGUAGAUAAUGAAGCUAUCUACGACAUCUGCCGCCGAAAUCUGGACAUCGAAAGGCCGACUUACACUAAUCUGAACAGAUUAAUCAGCCAGAUCGUCUCGUCCAUUACCGCAUCCCUCCGAUUCGAUGGUGCCCUGAAUGUUGAUCUCACUGAAUUCCAAACUAAUUUAGUGCCAUAUCCAAGAAUUCAUUUCCCACUUGUAACUUAUGCACCUGUGAUAUCCGCCGAAAAAGCUUACCAUGAACAGCUCAGCGUGGCCGAAAUUACAAAUGCCUGUUUCGAACCCGCCAACCAGAUGGUGAAAUGCGAUCCCAGACACGGCAAGUACAUGGCUUGUUGCAUGUUGUACAGAGGGGACGUCGUGCCCAAAGAUGUGAAUGCCGCUAUCGCUGCCAUUAAGACCAAGAGAACCAUCCAAUUCGUAGACUGGUGUCCAACUGGUUUCAAGGUUGGCAUCAACUACCAGCCUCCAACUGUCGUUCCUGGCGGAGAUUUGGCUAAAGUGCCACGUGCCGUCUGCAUGCUGUCCAAUACCACAGCCAUCGCCGAAGCUUGGGCCAGACUCGACCACAAGUUCGAUCUCAUGUACGCCAAGAGAGCCUUCGUCCACUGGUACGUCGGAGAAGGUAUGGAAGAAGGUGAGUUCUCCGAGGCCCGUGAAGACAUGGCUGCCCUCGAAAAGGACUACGAAGAAGUCGGACUGGACUCCAAUGAUGGCAUGGAGGACGAAGGAGAUGAAUAUUAGACUGUUCAUCGGACUUUGUAAACGAUCCCAUGCUGAGUGGAACAUGGUUCCAAUAAAAAUUUUAUAAAAUU